GCUUUACUAUGCUCCUCAUCAGAAAUCAGCCAACCAACCAAUAACGUCCUCGAUCAGCUUUAUAUCCUUAUCCCAUUAUGGCUCCAUCAGCCUUAUCAUUCACAGUACGUCGUCGCCAGCCGGAGCUAAUUGCUCCGGCGAAGGCCACACCGCGCGAAGUGAAGCUUUUGUCGGACAUCGAUGACCAAGAGGGCCUUCGGUUUCAAAUUCCAGUGAUUCAGUUCUAUCGUUACGAUGCUUUCAUGAGAGGGAAAGAUCCUGUUGUGGUGAUCAGAAAAGCUUUGGCUGAAACUCUGGUGUUAUACUAUCCUUUCGCGGGCCGGCUCCGAGAGGGGCCGAACCGGAAGCUCAUGGUGGAUUGUAAUGGAGACGGUGUCGUUUUCAUCGAGGCUGAUGCUGACCUCACUCUGGAGGCCUUUGGUGAUUCUCUUCAGCCUCCUUUUCCUUGCUUGGAAGAGCUGCUUUACGAUGUUCCUGGUACUUCAGCUGUUCUCAACACUCCACUUCUUCUUAUUCAGGUCACACGCCUAAAAUGUGGUGGUUUCAUUUUUGCCCUCCGCCUGAAUCACGCAAUGAGUGACGCAUCUGGUCUCGUCCAAUUCAUGACCGCGUUAGGUGAAAUAGCUUGUGGUGCGCGUGAGCCUUCAAUUCCACCAGUCUGGCAGAGGGAGCUUUUAAAUGCAAGAGAUCCCCCGCGCGUGACAUGCACGCACCGUGAAUAUGACGAAGUCCCUGAUACAAAAGGAACUAUCAUCCCUCUAGAUGACAUGGUCCAUCGUUCGUUCUUCUUCGGACCCAAUGAAGUCGCUUCAAUUCGCUCUCAAAUCCCUUAUCAUCUCCGUCAAUCUUCAGAUUUCGAAAUCAUCACUGCAUUCUUAUGGCGUUGCCGUACAAUGGCUUUGCAACCUGAUGAUGAUGAAGAAGUUCGCAUAAUAUGUAUUGUUAAUGCCCGUGCCAAGUUCAACCCUCCCUUGCCGGCCGGUUAUUAUGGUAACGGCUUCGCCUUUCCGGUUGCGGUGACCACGGCAGGCGAACUAUGUCGGAAUCCACUCGGAUAUGCUUUAGAGUUGGUGAAGAAAGCAAAAGGAGAUGUAACGGAGGAGUAUAUGCACUCAUUGGCAGAUUUAUUGGUGAUCAAGGGACGGCCACAUUUCACGGUGGUGAGGUCGUACCUGGUGUCAGACGUGACACGGGCCGGAUUCGGCAACGUUGAUUUCGGGUGGGGAAAGGCAGCGUAUGGUGGUCCGGCAAAGGGAGGAGUGGGAGCCAUUCCUGGGGUGGCAAGCUUUUAUAUACCGUUUAAGAAUGCUCAAGGACAAGAAGGUUUAGUGAUCCCAGUUUGUUUACCUGGUGAAGCCAUGGAGAGAUUUGUGAAGGAGCUAGAUAGCACGGUCAAGAAUUAUCCUCAGAAUCCAAGGUUAUUUAUCACUUCUUCCUUAUAACUAGAUUAUUAUGUACAUAUAUAUAUAUAUAUAUAUAAUACGUCAAUGUAAGACCUACCUACGUGAGUUUUGAGAGUUGAGUCACAUGCAUGAGACCAGAAAAAACCUCAAUUAUGUACUAUGAGAGGCAUAUUUGUAGUGUCCCUUUAACAUUUAGCACUUUAGUUUCUUCUGUAGUUUUGUGUGUGGUGCUUAAAUGUUUAAAUUGUUUGUAAGUGUUUACCAAAAUAUCAAGGGGAAAAACGUUUGUAAGAA